AUGGGUCACCGUGCUAAUGAGUGCCAGUCUGAUGUGAAGAAAUUUUUCAAGUAUGGACGGCCAGGUCACGUUGUUGAAGAUUGUAGGACCAAUAUACCUACCUGUAAUAACUGCGGAGAACAGGGUCACAUCAGCACCAAUUGUCAGAAGCCAAAUAAGUCGCAGGCAGAUGGGAAAGUGUUUGCAUUGAAAGGGUCUCAACCUACUAGUGUAGAUCAUUUGAUCAACGGUACUUGUUAUGUUCAUGAUGCUCCUUUGACUGCUAUUAUUGACAUGGAUGCGGCCCACUCGUUUAUUUCUGCUAAAUGUCUAAAGAGGUUAGAACUUGUGUCGUCUACAUUGAGUAGAGGGAUUGUGAUUGAUACUCCUUAUAUGGGAUCAAUGACCACUUCUUUAGUAUGCUUAAAUUGUUCUCUAUCAAUUUUGUGCAAAGAUUUCACUGUGGAUUUAAUCUGUCUACCACUCAAUGAGUUGGAUGUUAUUUUAGGGAACUGGCUAGAGUUCAAUUGUGUUUAUAUUAACUGUUACAUCAAGACGUUGUUGUUUCUUACUCCAAAAGAAGAGGGGUUGGCUGAUUAUUUAACGACCAAAGAAUUAAGAGCAUUGUUGGAAGAUGAAUCCAAAGUGUUCGUGAUGUUUGCCUCGCUAUCUAUUAAGGGCAAGACGCCGAUCAAUGAUUUGCCUGUGGUGUGUGAACUUCCAGAAGUGUUUUCGGAUGAUAUUUCUGAAUUAUCCCCGAAGCGGGAGAUUGAAUUCACCACUGACCUUGUUCCUAGUACUAGAUCGAUAUCUAUGGCACCAUAUAGGAUGUCGGUAUCGGAGUUAGCAGAACUGAAAUCGCAACUGGAAGAAUUACUUGAUAAGAAGUUUAUUAGACCCACUGUUUUACUGUGA